UUCGAAGUUGCUUGCGUUUUCAAAAUUUUGCAUUCAUUUCACAUUUUACGGCAAUCACAAAUCGUUUCAACAUGGAAAAAUGGGUACGGGACACGUUAUCCAAGUGCCUGGACUGCGUGGUCACCGACAAGAUGAUGGAGGCCAUUUUGGAGAUCAAGGAUGACUACGAUUUCGACAACUAUUUUGGCAAUCUGCUGUGCGAGGAGAUUGAGGAGCAUCGCCUCUUUCUGCUCAACUGCCGCCGCAUGCUGCUGAGCGGCAAACAGGCGCGCAACAACGCCAAGGGCGGCACACCGACCAAACAAAUUCCAAACAGAUCGCCAAUAAUGAAUAAAAAGGCGACCGUCGGUGCCAGUGGCGGUGGCGGUGGAGGAGCCAAGGGCAAGCAGGCGAAAUAUGUGAAUUUGUAUGCGAACGAUGGCCGCUUGCAGGGCGACACAAUUAUGCUGAAGGGACGCCGCCACUGCGACUGCCAGGCGGCGCAGCACAAGCUAAUCAACAAUUGCCUCGCCUGUGGUCGCAUUGUGUGCGAGCAGGAGGGCAGCGGGCCGUGCCUCUUCUGCGGCUGUCCCGUUCACACGCCCGAAGAGGAGCUGCAGCUGGCCAAGGAUGCCUCCAAGAGCAGCCAACUGGCCAAGACACCGAACAGCCAUGGCCAGAAAACGGGCAAGCAGCAGUCAAAGAAGAACAAAGCGACGAACAGCAGCAGCCAGAAGCCUGGCGAUGGUCUGGAGAAGGCAAUCGCUCAGCGGGAUCGCCUGCUGGAGUACGAUCGGAACAGCGAGAAGCGGACGACAGUCAUCGACGACGAGCUGGACUACUUCCAGGAGAACUCCGUCUGGCUGAGCGACGUCGAGCGGGAGAAGUACGAGCGGCUGAAGAGCGAGAUGCACGAACUGAAGCACGGCAGUCGGCUGACGCGCAAGAUUAAGGUUGAUUUCGCGGGACGAGAGGUGGCCGAGGAGCUGCCCGUCACCAAGGAGUACGAGCAGCAGGUGAUUCAGGAUUUGGCUGCCAUCAGCAAAGCGGAUGGUCUACUGGCUGGCAAAUCUUCGUCCCUAACUGGCCACUCGGCCAUGGCACUGGCGCCCAAUCUGGGCAUGGCCAGGCCGCCCGUUUAUCGGCCGAGCAAGGAGCACAAGAGCUGGCCAGCGGCACCAGCGGCCAGCGAUAAUCUGGAGCGCAUCUACAACCGCGUGCAGGACAAGGAGCUGCUCGAGAUGCAGGAUAUGCGGCAGUGCAUGUCCAUGCAUCAGCCCUGGGCCUCGCUGCUGGUGGCGGGCAUCAAAAGGCACGAGGGACGCGUGUGGUAUAGCGAGCAUCGCGGACGUUUGUGGAUCGCUUCGACGGCCAAGGAGCCACAUCCAGAGGAGAUAGCACACAUGGAGGAGUUCUAUCGCCUCCACUACAAGGAUCCAAAUCUGAAGUUCCCCGAGCACUAUCCCACCAGCAGCCUGCUGGGCUGCGUUCAUGUGGAGAAUUGUGUGCCGCAGGAGGAAUAUCGCGACUCGUAUCCACGCGGCGAGUCCGACAGUCCCUAUGUGUUUGUCUGCAGCAAGCCGGAGCAGCUGCAAAUACUGCUACCCGUUCAGGGGGAUCAUAAGAUUUAUGAACUGCCGCUGAAAACGCACAAUGCGGCCUGCAAGACGCUGCUUAGGGCCAGGGCCAACAAGGGAUAGGCGCAAAGGGGCUUUAAACAUUCGCAAAGCACUUAAAAUGCUGAUUAAACUUU